UGUAGGGGGUACAUAUCUUUGUCUCUUGCCAGAGCUCAGACCGUCUCUAACCCCCCUGACUGAUACAUUAGGCAACAUCAACAACACAUGAAACACAUGGAUAUUUACUUGUCUUUUUAGACCAAAGAGAGCAGAGGAGCUGGAGACUAUGGUUUGCCAUUACUUAAGCCACUAUGGGGAUGUGGUAUUGUAUUACUUAAAUAUGCUUUAAUGGUUAAAAUCUUUGUAUUGUUACAUUGAUUUCUUAAGGUAGUAAUACAAUAAUUACUUAAUUAUUUUAUCUACAUUUUCAUUGUCAGAGUACCAAGAUUACCAAAUGAUCAUAAAUAAAGAGUUGAUUUGACUAGCAGUUAUAGCAUUACAAGUACAUUUCACACCAGCAUGCGAUUAUUAAACUGCUGUCUGAUAUAUUGAUGGCUGCUAUGCAUUUGUUUCUGCUUUUUUUCCAGAGACAACGUCCUGUAACUUUUUAAAUAUUGUUUCUAAAACAGUUGAGGGAAAAUGGAUCUCACGGCCAAACAUGGGCUGGUGCUGCUCGACCAGCUGAGGAAGAUGAGGGAGGGUGAGCAUCUGACAGAUGUGGUGCUGGUUGCCGAGGGCAUCAGCUUUCCAUGCCAUCGGGUCGUUCUGUCCGCCUUCAGCCCGUACUUCCGUGUAAUGUUCACAUGCGGGCUGCGUGAGUGCAGCAACAGAGAAAUAUUCUUGCGUGACACCCCUGCAGACAGCCUGGCCCUCCUCUUGAACUAUAUGUACUGCUCCGAUCUUCCUCUCACUAAUGCCAAUGUACAAGGCAUCUCUAUUGCAGCUUUUCUGUUGCAGAUGGAUGCCGUCUUCACUCGCUGCCAGCUGCACAUGACCGAGAACAUGGACGCCUCCAACUGCCUUGGUGUGUAUUACUUUGCCCGUGACCUCGGUGCGGAGGAACUGGCUGACCAUGCUCAGCGCUACCUGCGGCAGCACUUUGACCAAGUCUGCCAAAAUGAGGAGGUGCUUGAGCUGGAGGCCCAUCAGCUGGGAAAGCUCCUGACUUCCGAUGACCUUAAUGUUUCACAAGAAGAGACCAUCCUGGAUGUUGUCCUACGCUGGGUCAAACACACCACUCUGAUGGAUGGAGAGGUCCGUAACCUGCACCUUCCAGAGCUCCUGAGGAAAGUCCGUCUGCCACUGAUAAAUGCUGACUAUUUAAGAGAGGCAAUGAAGAGGAACACGGCCCUGCUGGCAGAUGCUGAAUGUCUAGAGAUUCUCAAUCAAGCCUUGGAGGUCACAGCGAUGCAUCCCUCAGCUGCACCUCGUAAACUAAAGCUGCGGUACGGCAUGGAGACCACAGAUCUGCUGCUCUGUGUUGGAAACGACAGCGGCGGGAUCAGGACAAGAUACGGCAACUACACCGAGCGCAGCUUUUGCUAUGCCCCAUCCACAGGCCGAAUCUACUACAUCACUUCACCUCGCUAUGCAGAGGCUCUGGGGUAUGUGUGUGCCGGGGUUGUAACUGAAAGAAAUGACAUUAUAGUGGCAGGAGAGGUAGGCGCACGAAGAAUGGCCCGACAGGAGGACAUGACUGUGAAGAUUUACAGGUACAAAGUACAGGCCCAAGGAAGCUGGGAGUGCCUGACGUCAGCCGAGUACCGUGAUUCAUACGCUCUGGGGUCACUGGGUGACACUCUGUACCUGCUGGGUGGGCAGAUGAAGCUGAAGGACCAGUUUCUCAUCACCAACUGUGUCGAGCGGUGGUCUAUGCAAGGAGGACCCUGGCGCAGUGCAGCACCCCUGCCUAUACCGUUAGCCUAUCACAGCGUGGUCAGGAUGAAAGACCGCCUUUAUGUGAUGGGUGGUCGAACUCCACAGUCAUACCGGAUGGAUGAUGAACCCGACCGUCUUAGUAACCGCCUCCUGGAGUAUGAUCCAAACACAAAUAAGUGGAGAGAGCUGGGUCCCAUGAAGCUCUCAAAGUACCGCUGCAGUGCUGUUGUACACAAUGGAGAAAUUUUCGUGAUGGGGGGAAUUGGAUGUGAGGGUUUGGAUCGUGGACAAUCACGCCGCUGCCUUGAUGCUGUAGAGAUCUACAACCCAGAUGGAAAUUAUUGGAGGGAUGGACCGCCUCUCCCAUCUCCACAACUCUCACUGCGCACCAACGCCUCAAACGCAGGAGUGGUGGGAGGCAAGAUCUACGUGUGUGGAUACUACAAAGGAGCAGAUCGUCAUGAUGACAUAACGAAAGACAUUUUGGUGCUGGACCCAUGGGAGAACCGGUGGACUGUGGUGGCUCGGCAAGCUCUGAUGCACGACAACUAUGACGUCUGUUUAGUGGCAAAUCUCAACCCAAGGGGACUUAUGUCCCCACCUGCAGACUUGGUUAAACAGUGACACCCCUGUCAGAUCAAGUCAAAAUCUGUGUAGGAGAAUUAGCGAAGGAAAAUAAUUAUUAAAGCACUUAUUGCCGGGCCAAAGGCAUUGUUUUUUUUCAAGCAAAAAGGUUUUACUGCCCAACAUGAAAGAGGAUCUGCGGUCAGUGAUUUGCACGUUGUUUUGAGAGAUUUCCACGUCAAUGAGAACAGAAACACUUGUAAAGUGUUUAUUUUAAAUCUUAAACAUCUGCAGAGAUUGAUCACCGGAAUCCUGCAGCUGUUUGGCACAAAGUAUUAUCAGCAACACCAGGACAUUAUUUCUUGUGAAAUUAACCAGACAUACAUUUUUCUUAUAAUUAGAGCUUCAACGAUAAGUCGGUUGACAAAAUGAAUCGGCACAAUCGUUUCAGUCACAUUUCAAGCAAAAAUACUGAACUUCUGAGUCCGGCUUCUCAAAACAAAGAAACUGAAGAUUUGCGUUUGAGAAAAUGUGAAUAAAUGCGUUUACUAUUUGACAUUUCAGACUAAUAAAUUAACUAAAAGAUAAAUUGCACUUUAUAUGAUAAUGUAUACAGUUCUAAUUAUAAGUAUGGACUUUGAUACAAAUUAUAACAAGAUGAAAAGUAUUUGAUCCAUCUACUGCAGUGUAAAUACUAACGAUUUAUCAUAAAUUAAAUUGACAGAAUACCAAAUUGAAUAUUUAUUGUAUCAAUUGUUCUUUUUGUGGAAUGCUUGCUAAAGCAUAAUAAAAUGUUUUCCUGCACCUUAA